AUGGAGGAAGAAGGAUUAUUACAAUCUCCUAAUAGUAAUAAAUCUUCUUCAUCGUUUUUGUCUGAAAUAUCAAAUGUCUCCACGACACCUUUUGUUCUUGCCUUCACUGUCUGUUCUUGUGGAGCUUUUGUCUUUGGAUGUGUUAAUGGAUAUUCAGCUCCUACACAGUCUGGUAUCAUGAAAGACUUGAAUCUCUCCGUAGCUGAUUAUUCACUAUUUGGAUCAAUAUUAACGGUUGGACUAAUCCUUGGAGCAAUAAUCUGUGGAAAAUUAACAGAUUUGGUUGGUCGUGUCUACACAAUAUGGAUCACAAACACUCUCUUCCUAAUCGGCUGGUUCACUAUCGCAUUUGCCAAGGGUGUUUGGAUGCUCGAUAUCGGAAGGUUAUUGCAUGGGAUCGCGCUCGGAAUUAGCGCAUAUUUGGGGCCAAUCUACAUGACUGAGCUAACACCAAGAAAGUUGAGAGGAACUGUUUCUUCCUUAUCUCAGGCCAACGUAGGGAGAGAAAAAGAGGUUAAAGAGGUUUUGUUAAGCCUGCGAGGAGCAAAAUCCGAUAUAUCAGAUGAAGCAAAAGAGAUAUUAGAAUAUGCAGAACAUGAGAAGCAACAACAAGACAGUGACCUCGGUUUCUUCAAGGUGUUUCAGCGAAAAUACGCGUUCCCACUUACCAUUGGAGUUGCUCUUGUAGCCUUGCCUGAGCUUGGAGGUCUUACUGGUUAUACUUUUUACACUGAUUCCAUUUUUACCUCUACCGGUGUAUCAAGUGACUUUGGAUUCAUAUCGACGUCUCUAGUUCAAGAGAAUCAUUACUGGGAAACAAAAACACCUAUCUUGGCUCUCAUUAGUGUUCUGGUCUAUUUCGGAUCAUACGGAAUAGGCAUGUCAGCAAUACCAUGGAUCAUAAUAUCAGAAAUUUAUCCACUUAACGUUAAGGGAGCAGCAGGAACAGUCUGUAAUUUGGUCGGCUCGAUAAGUUCAUGGCUCGUUGCCUAUUCUUUCAACUACUUGCUUCAAUGGAGUCCCACAGGAACAUUUCUGAUGUUUGCCACAGUGACUGGCCUUGGAUUUGUGUUCAUAGCUAAGCUUGUUCCUGAGACUAAAGGCAAAUCUUUAGAAGAAAUCCAAUCUCUUUUCACUGAUGAUUCUCCUCUUGAAGAUUCUACAUCCUAG